ACUGUCAAAGUGACAAUCUAUUGUGAAUUGCAAAAAAUAUAUUAAGCGUCGUUAUACAUUUUUCGGCAAAAAUUCAAUGUCUAGUGCGAAAAUAUACUAAAUUAAAUGCAAAGAACUAAAAGUCUGAAGAAAAAGUGUUAAUGAUAUUAAAAACAAUUAAAGAGCAAAAGAAUGCUACACAAAUAAAAACUCACAUGUAAUUAAUUAGUGCGUAAAAUUUUUUUUCGUCGUACGUCCUCGAAGUAGAACUCCCAAUUGCAAAAAGAAAAAAAUAGAAAAUGGUGUGAAAACUAAAAACACUUCUUUGACACAGCAAUCGGACGAAAACAAUUAUUUUUUUUUAUUGUUUUUUUGUUAAUUAAUUUUGUUUUUAGUUGAUUUUUACAAAUUUAAACUUCGUCUUUUCUUUGCCAGUUUGCUUUAUAUACAACUCAGUUAUGUCAUCCACCGCUGGAAAACGUAAAGAAAUUUAUAAAUACUUGGCACCAUGGCCUCUUUACUCCAUGAAUUGGAGUGUUCGUCCAGAUAAGAGAUUUCGUCUUGCGCUAGGCAGUUUCAUUGAGGAAUAUAAUAAUAAAGUCCAAAUAAUCAGUCUUGAUGAAGACACGAGUGAAUUCAGUGCGAAAAGCACUUUCGAUCACCCAUAUCCGACAACAAAAAUAAUGUGGAUACCUGAUUCCAAAGGAAUUUAUCCAGAUCUAUUAGCUACAAGUGGUGACUAUUUACGUGUUUGGCGUGCUGGUGAACCCGAUACACGCUUAGAAUGCGUAUUAAAUAAUAAUAAAAACAGCGAUUUCUGUGCACCUUUAACAUCUUUCGAUUGGAAUGAAGUUGACCCAAAUUUAGUGGGUACAUCAUCUAUAGAUACUACGUGCACAAUAUGGGGCUUAGAGACAGGACAACCACAUGGGCGUGUUUAUGUAGCUGGUCACGUUAAAACACAGUUAAUAGCUCAUGACAAGGAGGUAUAUGAUAUAGCUUUUUCUCGUGCUGGUGGUGGGCGUGAUAUGUUUGCUUCAGUUGGUGCUGAUGGCUCAGUGAGGAUGUUCGAUUUAAGACAUUUAGAACAUUCAACUAUAAUUUAUGAGGAUCCUGCGCAUACGGCUUUGUUACGUUUAGCAUGGAAUAAACAAGAUCCAAAUUAUUUAGCCACAGUGGCGAUGGAUUCGUGUGAAGUUAUAAUUUUAGAUGUUCGUGUUCCUUGUACACCUGUUGCAAGACUGAGCAAUCAUAGGGCGUGCGUCAACGGUAUUGCGUGGGCGCCGCACAGUUCCUGUCAUAUAUGCACUGCCGGUGAUGACCACCAAGCACUGAUCUGGGAUAUACAGCAAAUGCCGCGCGCAAUUGAGGAUCCAAUUUUAGCCUACACUGCUGCCGAGGGUGAAGUCAAUCAAAUUCAAUGGGGUGCUACGCAACCUGAUUGGAUAGCAAUCUGUUACAAUAAAGCAUGUGAAAUCCUGCGUGUCUAGAAGAGGAUGUAUUUCUUGCAUUAUCAUGUCAUAAUUAGCCGCAACCACAGCCACAAAUAUCAACUCAAAAGCAUAACAUUUUGUAAAAGAAAAACAAAAUUAAAAUUUAAAAUGAGAUACAAUCGGUAAGUGUGUCUUAAUAUUAUACAAAUUUGUACCAUUUGUAUAAGAUUUUAUUAUUCGAAACGAACACAUACGAAUCUAUAAAAUUGUAAUUUUACUUUUUAUUAUGUCCAAGCUAAAGUUUAUAACAACAACCAUCUUUUUUUAUAAGAAUUUAGUAUUAAAAUAAAACAUUGUGAGAAUUGCUGCAUCCAUCGGCUACACAGUGAUAUUACGGCUAUGAGUGUUGUACGUAAUUGUGCUUAAUCAAUGCUAAUGCUUUAGUAACCGGGGUGCUUAAUUUUAAGUAAAUUUGUAAAUAGAAUUAAAAUCGCUUAUAAAUUUAUUUAAAUAAAUAAGUUGGAGCUUAGACGUAUUUGUUUUUUUUAUAUAUAAUAUAUGACAUAUGAUAUAUAAACGUAUAAACAAAUUCAUUUUCACUCCAUUCUAUUUCUAUAUAAUAUAUUUUUUCAUUGAUUGAAAAACAACAACAAAACUUGAGCGCAUGUGCCUCAAAGCGUUUACAUUCAUCACUGUGAGACCGUACUUAGUUAUUUUGAUAUUUAUUUUUUAGUUAAAGCUAAAUUAAGACACACUUUUUUAUACAAAAUAAUAUCCUACCUCGUUUUCCAUCGUGGAUGAUUAAAAGUAAAUCUUAAAUUAAUAAAAAGAACUUCGGUAAAUGACAAAGAAAUUAUUAACUAAACAAACAUUUUUGAAUGUAUGUAAGUUUUGAACUUAAGGAUGGUUAAACCAAUUUAUUUCA